AUGCCGUGGCCGUUCUCGGAGUCCAUCAAGAAGAGGGCCUGCAGGUAUCUGCUGCAGAGGUACCUGGGCCACUUCCUGCAGGAGAAGCUCAGCCUGGAACAGCUCAGCCUGGAUCUCUACCAGGGCACCGGCUCUCUGACGCAGGUCCCGCUGGACAAGUGGUGUCUGAAUGAGAUCCUGGAGUCUGCAGAUGCACCUCUGGAAGUCACAGAUGGUUUUAUCCAGUCAAUUUCCUUAUCUGUUCCAUGGGGGUCAUUACUACAGGAUAACUGUGCAUUAGAAUUAAAAGGAUUAGAGAUGGUCUUCAGACCAAGACCAAGGCUUGCAUCUGGCUCUGAACCUAUGUAUUGGUCAAGUUUUAUGACCAGUAGUAUGCAACUUGCAAAAGAGUGUCUUAGCCAGAAAUUGACAGAUGAACAAGGAGAAGGGUCCCAGCCUUUUGAAGGACUUGAAAAAUUCGCAGAAACUAUUGAAACAGUAUUACGAAGAGUGAAAGUCACCUUCUUAGAUACUGUUCUGCGAAUAGAACACGUGCCAGAAAAUUCCAAAAGUGGAACUGCAGUUGAAAUUCGAAUUGAAAGAACUAUGUACUGUGAUGAAACUGCUGAUGAGUGCUCUGGAAUUAAUGUACAUCAGCCCACAGCUUUUGCUCACAAGUUACUUCAGCUCUCAGGUGUCUCUUUCUUCUGGGACGAGUUUCCCGCAUCAACAAAGUCCUCCCCAGUCUGUUCAGCUACACAGCUGGCAACUGAACCAAAGCUUUCACCCAGCUGGAACCCAAAAAUCACUUAUGAGCCUCACCCACAAUUAACAAGAAAUUUGCCAGAAAUUACUCCUUCUGACCCUGUACAGAUCAGUAAACUGAUUGGUAGAAUGGAACUGAGCCUCACAUUAAAGCAAAAUGAAGUACUUCCUGGAGCGAAGUUGGAUGUAGAUGGACAGAUAGACUCUAUACAUCUAUUUUUGUCACCCAGGCAAGUGCAUCUUCUACUGGACAUGGUAGCAGCUAUUGCUGGACCAGAAAGCCUAAGCAGGAUAGAAUUGUCAAAUAAAGAUAGGAAGAACCGGCCAAUGCAGCAGGAAGAUGAGUAUCGAAUUCAGAUGGAAUUGAAACGUUAUUUAAGAAAAGAGUCUUUAUCUGCGGGAGCCUCAUCUGAACAAAGCUUCUACGAGACAGAGACUGCCAGAACGCCUUCUAGUCGUGAGGAAGAAGUUUUCUUCUCAAUGGCUGAAAUGGACAUGUCUCACAGCCUUUCCUCCCUGCCGCCUCUCGGGGACCCUCCAACUAUGGAUCUAGACUUGUCUUUAACUAGUACAUAUACAAACACACCAGCAGGAUCUCCACUGAGCACAACAGUGCUUCAACCAAUGUGGGGUGAUUUUCUUGAUCGUAACAAACAAGAACUACAGCCUCCAAGAGGUUCUUCACUUGCAGCCAAUGUGGUUCAUCAGGCUUCCUUAAGGAGGACGUCUAUUCCAUCCAGAUCUGUUUCUGUGGAUGAAUCCAGACCUGAGCUUCUUUUUAGACUCACAGUGGGAACUUUCUCAGUGUCUGUACUUCAUAUCGACCCUUUACCUCCACCUGAAAGUUCACUGAACCAUAACCCUUUGACACCAAUGGCUCGAGAUUUCUUUGCCCAAAUAGAAAAAAUUGAGCCAUCUAAGUUUGCAACUGAAGAUUUUCUGUCCUUCCGAGAAGUAUUUUCAGAAGCUUGUUCCCAUGACCAUCUUAGAUUUAUAGGUACUGGCAUCAAAGUGUCCUAUGAACAAAGACAAAGGUCUGCUUCUCGAAGUUUUAGUACGGAUUUAUCCAUUGGGAAUAUGGAGCUUCUGGAAUGCCUUUUCUCUACUGACUCUCAUUCCAUUCAGCCUCACUAUACAGAGCUGCUGACAUUUCGUUCUGAAGAAGAAAAUGAUUCUCAUGCUCUGCCAUGCCUUCAGCUUCAUUAUAAGCAUUCAGACAAUAGAGGACCUCAGGGUAGUCAAGGCAGACUUAGUUCUAUUCCACAGAAAGCAGAGCUACAAAUAAAGUUAAGUCCAGUGUUUUGUGAGCUGGAUAUUAGUAUUGUGGACAGAUUAAAUUCCUUGCUUCAACCACAGAAGUUAACUUCAGUGGAGAUGAUGGCAUCUCACAUGUAUACUUCUUACAACAAACACAUAAAUCUGCAUAAAGCAUUCACUGAAGUUUUUCUGGAUGAUUCACACACUCCUGCAAACUGUAGAGUUUCAGUUCAAGUCACUGCCCCUGCAUUAAAUUUGUCUGUUCGCUUCCCAAUACCUGACCUGCGGUCGGAUCAGGAAAGAGGACCAUGGUUCAAGAAGUCACUUCAGAAAGAGAUUCUUCAUCUGGAAUUUACAGAUAUAGAAUUUAAAACUGAGUUUAUAGGAGGGUCAACUCCAGAACAAGUUAAAUUAGAACUUACUUUUAAAGAGCUGACUGGUUCAUUUGAAGAAGAUAAAACUCAAGCACCAGUAAAAUUUUUUCAAGUGUCUGGUGGUGUUGAUGGUGAUAUAACAUCAUCAGACAACUUUGACUGGCCUCGGAUUGUACUGAAAAUAAACCCUCUGGCUGUGCAUUCCAUUCUGGAAAGGAUAGCAGCUGAGGAGGAGGAAGGAGAUGGUAACUUUCAAGAGGAAGAAGAAGGAGGGCCUCAUUCUUUGAAAGAUGUCUGUGAUAUUAGAAGACCAGAGCCUUCUCCUUUUUCUUCUCGUAGAGUCAUGUUUGAAAAUGAAGAGAUGGUGAUGCCAGGAGAUGUAGUUGAGAUGACUGAGUUUCAGGAUAAGACAAUUAACAAUUCUCAUUAUGUACUGGAGCUCAUGUUACCAAACAUUCAUCUAACAUUACCAAAUAAAAGCUUUUAUGAAAAACUGUACAACAGAAUCAGCAAUGAUUUGCUGUUGUGGGAACCAACUGCUCCAUCUCCUGUAGAAACAUUUGAAAACCUUUCUUACGGUGUUGGACUAUCUGUGGCCAGUCAACUCAUCAAUACUUUCAGUAAAGACAGCUUCAGUCAAUUUAAAUCUGCAGUUAAUUAUGAUGAUGAGAGUGGAUCUGAAGAGGAAACACUACAAUAUUAUUCCACUGUUGAUCCAAAUUAUCGUUCACGCAGAAGGAAAAAACUUGACUCUCAGAAUAAACAUUUGCAAAGCUUUCUAUCGGUUCAGCUAAAUGUUACACAUGGAUUAGUGUCAAUAUUCACAGAUGUAAAGCAGGACGAUGGAAAAACAUUAGAAGGAAAAUAUGGAGAAUUUUGGUUGGAAUUCAAUAAUGGUUCACUUUUUAGUGUGACUAAAUAUGAAGGUUUUGAAGAUAGACACUACGUUUGUCUCCAUUCUAGCAGCCUCAAUUUGUAUCAUCAAGGUAUGGUGGAUGGGGCCGUCCCUUCGUCUGAAAUACGACUGCCCAGCACAAUACGUCCCCAUUGGUUAGAACCUACUAUUUGUUUUUCGGAAGAAGAUGGUCUUAGUAGAACAUCUUCAGAUGGCGUGGGAGAGAACUGCCCAAAUAUGCUGACCGUUGCAGUCAAAAUCCAAUCAGAUAAAAUAGAGAGCAAUACAAAGGAAUUUCUAGUUGCUGUUGGGCUAAGAGGAGCCACCCUUCAACACAGAGUGUUGCCUUCAGGUCUAAGCUGGCACGAACAGAUUUUAUAUUUUUUGAAUAUUUCUGAUGAGCCUGUUUUGGGAUAUAAUCCUCCAGCUACAGUUACAACCUUUCAUGUGCAUCUAUGGAGUUGUGCUCUUGAUUACAGGCCCGUGUAUUUGCCAGUCAGAUCUCUACUUACUGUUGAAACUUUCAGCAUUUCCAGCAGCGUUGCAGUAGAUAAAUCCUAUUCUACUCUCAGGGUAAUUUUAGAUGAAGCUGCUUUGCAUCUGUCUGACAAGUGCAACACCGUCAUGGUAAACCUCCACAGAGAUUAUGUUCGUGUUAUGGAUAUGGGCCUGCUGGAACUAACUAUUACAACAGUAAAAUCUGAUUCAGAUGGGGAAAGAACUAAACCACGUUUUGAGCUGCGCUGUUCCAGUGAUGUAAUCCAUAUUCGCACUUGCUCUGAUUCGUGUGCUGCGCUAAUGAACCUUAUACAGUAUAUUGCGAGUUACGGUGAUUUACAUCCUCCAAGUAAAACAGAGAUUAAAUGUGGAGUUAACAAGCCAAAAAUGAAGGUGGAGACGUUUAGCCAGCCCUCUUCACAUGGACCGCUGCUCGCUGAAUCACAGCAACAGAUUUUACGGGAUUUGAUGAGUGAUGCUAUGGAGGAAAUUGAGACUCAUCAGUCUUCUUCUGCUGCGAAGAAAGAGCCUAAUGGAGUUUUGGAUGACAGAUCUCAAACUCAGGAACCAUGUUGCUCAGAUCUCUUCCUAUUUCCAGAUGAGAGUGGGAAUGUCUCACAAGAUCCAAGUCCCACUUACACUUCAUUCACUCAUCACCUGAUAAAUGAGACUGUGGGAGAUGUUCCUGCAGAAAGUGAUGAUUUCUGCAUUCUUUUUGCACCCAAAGCUGCUGUUUCUGAGAAAGAAGAAGAACCAGUAAUAAAAAAACUGGUUGAUGAUGCAAUUGUGAUAAAGGAAAAUCAUUUUAGUCAACCUGUGAAAAAAACAGAUGCAAGUAAAGCUCCCCUUCAUUUUCCUGUUCCUCUGGUACGCUACGUUGUGAAGGAAAUCUCUCUUAUUUGGCAUCUUUAUGGUGGAAGGGAUUUUGGGUCUGCACCACCAACAUCUCCAGCUAAAAGUUUCGUAAGUCCCCAUAGCUCUCCUUCACAUACACCCACAAGACAUGGAAGGAGUACAGCAUGUGGGGGAAGAGGAAGAAACCCAGAUUUCCUCAUGGAAAUACAAUUAAGCAAGGUGAAAUUCCAGCAUGAAGUGUACCCCCAAAGUGGUGCAGAAGGCGAAUCUGGUCUGUUGGAACAACCUGUGUCACGACAGAUUUUUAUUGUUCAAGACUUAGAGAUCAGAGACCGCUUAGCUACAUCGCAGAUGAACAAAUUUCUCUAUCUAUACUGUAGUAAGGAGAUGCCCAGAAAAGCACAUUCAAACAUGUUAACAGUUAAAGCAUUACAUGUCCGACCAGAGUCUGGCAGAUCCCCACAGGAAUGUUGUUUACGUGUUUCAUUAAUGCCACUUCGCCUCAAUAUUGACCAGGAUGCCUUGUUUUUCCUGAAGGACUUUUUCACUAGCCUCUCUGCAGAAGUAGAGCUUUUAGUUACUCCAGAUCCUGAAGUUAAAAAGUCUCCUGGCGCUGAAGUUACGUGUAGUUUGCCCAGGUAUUCCAGUAGCCUUAAGGACCCGAGUCCAGUCAUUUCUUUCUCAUCACACAAGCAAACAAGUGAGAAUGGUAGCAUUGAUUCUAUGGAUGUGAUUAAUGGGGAUGAUCAUCGUUUCUCAGAAGAAGUGACAUCAUACAGUGAUCAGCCUGUAUUUUUCAGAGAGUUUCGUUUUACAUCUGAAGUUCCUAUACGGCUCGAUUACCAUGGCAAACAUGUAUCUAUGGAUCAGGGGACACUAGCUGGGAUUCUUAUUGGGCUUGCACAGUUAAACUGCUCAGAAUUAAAGCUGAAGAGACUUUGUUACAGACAUGGUUUAUUAGGUGUCGAUAAAUUGUUUUCCUAUGCCAUCAGUGAAUGGCUUAAUGAUAUAAAGAAAAACCAGCUACCAGGAAUUUUGGGAGGAGUAGGACCUAUGCAUUCACUGGUGCAGUUAGUUCAAGGUCUGAAGGACUUGGUGUGGCUACCAAUUGAGCAGUAUCGAAAGGAUGGCCGUAUUGUAAGAGGCUUUCAGAGAGGAGCGGCAUCUUUUGGUACUUCAACUGCAAUGGCAGCCCUGGAGCUAACAAACAGAAUGGUUCAGACAAUACAGGUGGCUGCAGAAACAGCGUAUGAUAUGGUAUCACCAGGGCCAAAUUUUAUUGAAACUAAAAAGAUCAAACGAUUCCCUCGCCAUCGUUUGGCUCAUCAGCCGGUAGAUCUGCGGGAAGGUGUUGCCAAAGCAUACAGUGUUGUAAAAGAGGGAAUUACGGACACAGCCCAAACCAUCUAUGAGACUGCUGCUCGUGAGCACGAAAACAGAGGAGUAACAGGAGCUGUAGGAGGAGUCCUCCGCCAAAUUCCACCAACUGUGGUGAAACCUUUCAUUGUUGCAACAGAGGCAACCUCAAAUGUCCUAGGUGGAAUGAGAAACCAGAUCAGGCCAGAUGUGCGUCAAGAAGAGUCUCAGAAAUGGCGCCUCGGGGAAGACUGAAUUUAUAAAUCAGGCUCAGCAGCCAGCUAUCAAGGCUAGAAAUGCAGAAGAUUUUCCCAUUGGCAGCCUUAGAUGAAGCUGAAUUUGUUUUGCUCAUCUCAGGAACAAGCAAGGUUUUUGCCUAUUAUUAGCAAAACAUCCAACCAAAAAUAUUUAUGAAGUGGAAAGCAAAUUGGUACUUGCUUAUGCUGUGUGUUACCAAUACAUUUGGUAGAUAGUGCCAAACAUAACAAAGCAUGCGCUGCCAACUCAAGAGACGUGCUUGCUCUAUUCUGUUUACCAUAUUUUUCUUGGUAGAUUAAACAUCUGAAGCAGCAACCUACAUGAUGAAAAUAAGUAUACUUCAGAGAUGGUUUUUGAGCUCAGUCAAGAAACUGUCUUCAAUAAAGGGCUCUGCAGAUGCUCUUCACUGACUAAAAGAUAACAGCUUUCAUUUUGGACUUGAGAUACGGAGGCAAUGUAACAUGGAAGCAGACAUGAUAAUAUCAUUUAGUGGUCAUAGGCAUUGCUUUUAGUGUGGCACUUAAGGAGCAAUCUUGAUAACCAUUCAGAAUUUAGAUUCAGUACUGAUACACCUGUGAACAGGAUUUGUUUCUCAAUAUUAAAUACCUACUUUUGUGGGUCUUUGAAGAAACUGAAUGUUGCAGAAAUGUUCUGUUGUGUUGCACUUUAAAGGAUAUGGCCUGUAUAUUGUGCUUUUUUAUAGCGUGAAUAAAAUGUAAUGUGCAUUAUCCUUUAUGUGGUUAAAAGCUUAAACAAGUAAUUGAUAAAAAGCAUCAUUUGAUGAUGAUUCUACAGAAAGUGUCUUAAAUUUGUUUAAAUGGCUUGUUAUAUGUAAAAAGACUCUUGUCUCUGUUACACUAAUUACAAAGCUAAAAAUAACUGUUCUUCAAAAAAACAUAUUGUAGCGAAAUGUUCUUUGUAAGAAUGAGGAAUCCUACAUAAAUCCAAAUUAUUUUAUAACAUCAUGGUUAAAAUUCUCCACCAAAUUUAAUUAUCUGCUUUCUUUUAAGGUUGUGGAGUUGCUGCUCUUAACAAGAUUUUUUUAAAUUUUAUUUAAAUCAUUCAUCAUCAGUUAUUUGGCAGUGAGAGUUUGGAGCCAUUUAAUUUGAACUGGGAAUAGUUGAGGAUUUGAAAAACAAAAACCUUCAAAAGUCAGAGUUGAUUCUGACGCUCUUUACAGUUUAAUAGGGGAACAGGGUCUCUGCAGAGCUUUAUGAAGUCGCUGAUAGUGCACCAUUUCUGGGAAAUCAAAAGGCUAGACAGUAGCUGUGCAGGAAUAAACCUUUACUCCUUGUGCUUGCAAAGACUGGAGGAUAAAAAGUAAAGACUACUUUGAAUAGAAAACUACUUAUUUUGAAUUUCAGCAGCUUAAUAAUUUGAGUGACCAAUUGGAACAUUAGUUUUUGCUAGUCCUGUUGUCCUACAUAUGCGCCAUGGACAAAUCUCUGCUGAAAGGUGCUUUUCAUUUGACUUGAAUCUCUAAAGUUGAUCAGGAGGUGAUCUCCUUCUCUUUUUUUUUUUUUUUUUUAAUGAUCUACCAUUAGCAGAACCUUUGCUGCUAUACUGCAUUGCAGGACAAAAGUAGCACAUGGAGGAAAACAGUAUAUUAAGAUGAAUAAGCAUUAAUUAGCUGUUCCUGGACACCAAAGAAUUUGUUUGGAGAGUAAAUGAUUUGUGAGAGAGGGCCCCUCUGCUGGAAUGACUGUUGCAGACUGCUUUUAUUAUUUUGAAUAAAACAAAUCCGUUUGCAAACAAGUUCUUAUGUGGGUGGAAGGUGCUAUUACAAAGUUGGCUUUCAUUCACUGGAAUCUUCGUAGUUGCAGUAUGUUUUGAAGACCUGAUAAUUUCAUUUAAGCAACACGUUGUAAGCAGAAGGAAAUUCUUCUGAGAGGACAAAUACCUACAUGUGUGUAAUACCUGCAUAUAUGAAAUACUUUCCGAUGUAAAAAUACUUGCUGCAGUUCACAUUUUUCUUCAGUAUUGUUACUAAAUGCUUCAGUAAGAGCUCAAAGCCGAACAUUUUGCACAAGAAUGAGUUCCAUGCUUGCUAUUUCACACCUCCUGUCUGCCUUCUGAAGAAGUGGUAAUGAGUCAGUGCAAGUAAGUAGCAAUUAAUCAUUUUCAAUUACAGUUAACAUCCUACAUCCUUCCUUCUGAUCUAGUUCAUCCAGUUAAUGGAAGUACACUGUAACAGUAGAAAUCUGCAUGUUUUCUUCCUUUGCUUAAAAUAAGCACUGGUAUUUCAGUGUUCAGUUUCCAUUCUGUCAUCAUCUGAUUGUACAGCAAUGCAGUUUGAACAUAUUUUUAUACGAGGCCAUACUCUCAAGGUGAAAUAUUUUGUAGAGUGUCUGUUGACAAUACAGAUUGUACAAAUCAUUAAACUUCAAAUGUUUCACUAAUUAAACCCUUGAAUUUAUUUCUUGUAUUUUAUUGAGCCUUUUUAGGGAAACUUUAAGAUUUUUUCCCCCUUAAUUUUAUUUUUGUGACCAGUUUCUUAAUUUUUUGAAUGUAUAUUCUGUAUUGUUUUUUAUUUCAGUGACGUCAUGUAGCACUGGAUAUUUUAAAAUCCAAACACUCCUCAGACUGUACAUGGUGUUUUAGAGCAGUUUUAAAUCAAAAGAUACAUGUUGCCUAUCAAAGGUUCUGCUCAAUACUUUGGAAGCAUUUAAUUCACCAAAUACAGUUAGAUUGAAUGGAUUUCCUGGAAAUUAAGGCUAUAAUAUACAAGGGCUGCUCUGAAAUUAAUGCCUCUUAUUUUCUAAUGUUGACUCAUGACAUCAAGAGCAGGUGGUGGUUGUGUGGCAAUAGAGGUUGAACUUUCCUGUCAGUAUCCCAUUACAUUUUGUGACUAUGUGACAGAUGGAAGCAGGAGUGCAGUCAGAUACAAAAUGGUAUCUGACAUCGAAGAGUGGAUGAAGGAAAAGGGUGUCAUUGAAUGUUCGAUGACAAUUGAUAAACUUUUAUGGAGACAAACAGUAGGUGUUAGAACAGGGGGGAGAUGAGUGCUGCAUUUCAGCAGAGGCAAAAGAACUGUGAAAUACAAACCAUGGUCAUGACUGCCAUGUAUGGAGGAGUGUCUCAUUCACACGAGCUGUUGAAUUAUAUCCAGGGAGGAGAGUAUGGAUCUGAACAUCAACUUCAAUGCAUUGGCAACAGUGGUGGCAAUGUUGGAAUGCUUCAAAGUUUAUGUCAGGUGGGUUCCAUGAAUGCUCAUUCAGGAGCAGAAACAAUACCAUAUGUGAGUGUGUCAGGACUCACUGAGCCAGUAUAAGGCUGCAGGUGAUGGUUUCCUGGGUUGUGUCGUCAGUGGUGAUGAGGUGCGGUAUCACUACUACGAGACAAAGUCAAAAUGGCAGGCCAAGGAGAGGUGACAUGAAAUCCCCAUCAAGAAAAAGUGCAAGAUGUGGCCCACAGUGGGUGAAGUAAUAGAAGGGACAGGAAAGCAGUGAUCCUUCUGGAUUUCCUGGAGCCCAGACAAACCAUCAGCUCUGGCUGCUACACUACAAUGCUGACAAAGCUGAAGGAUCAAACUUCUAGAGUCAGGGCAGAGAAAAAGGCAACCUUUGUCUUGCAACAAACCGGUUUGGAGCAUAUUGCCAGUCCUGGCUGGACUGUCCUACCACACCCACUGCAUGGUCCUGAUAUGAUACUUUCUGACUUCUAUCCAGCAGUGAAACAUGGACCUGUGGGAAGUGAUACCAUCACAGCAGCUGUGAAACAGUGUGUCACUUCUGCUAAGGGCAGAUUUUGACAAGUGCAGCAUGGAGGCUUCUGCUCAUCACUGGCAAAAAUACACAGCCAGUGUUAGUGACUACACUGAAAGUUAGCAUUUAAUCUCUGAGAAUUUGCUCCAUUGAGUAGUGUUAUUGUGCUCUUUUUUUUUUUUUAUCUGCUGUCAAUCCCAUGGAAAUAAAUAGGGGACAUUACUUUUGGAGUAAACUGUGCACGCUGCUGUAGUUUUCUUAGCAUGGAUCUAUGAAAGUGUACUCGUGUUUUCUGCUGAAAUCAACUUGUAUAGAUACUAAUGAGUACUUCUCAUUGUUAUAGUCUAUGAGCAGGCAUUGACCAUUUUCUCUAACACACAAAUUCUGUAACAUUGAACUAACACUGCUACUACUAUUACUUAGCCAGAUGUUCAGGCUCAGAAGUGUCUACUGGGAUUUUCUUAAGUGUUCUGCCUAGGAACCUGUGGGUGCCUAGGAACCACCUGAAAGACAGCUAUGCUCCAUAAGAACCUUAACAGUGUGAGCAACAAAUACUUCAAUGCAAAGGCAGCCUCUGUUUACUUACAGUUAUCAAUUGACAGUUCGAAAACCAACUUUUUAGCAAUAUACACUAUGCUUGCUUUUGUAGUGAUAAGCAUUAGGUCACUCACCAAUGAAUUUAUAUAUGCUUAUUGGGUGUGCCUGUUUUUUCAUUAAGUGGUUAAUUGUGGUCAUACCUUACUCAGUUUCAUUUACCAUUAUUUGAGUUGGCAAGAAAGGUUUUUUAAGAAACCUUAAUGAAGGAGACACUUUUACUGAACAUUAUCUGUAUCGUUGCAAACGUGGUACUGAUUUUACUUUAAACACUGGAACAUAAGCAUUUGUAAAGCAAUGAAAUCCAAGAAUUCAUUUAGAAUGGUUAGAUACAUUCAAGUACCCCACAGUUCACAGUAGUACAAGCAUUCUCAGAAAAGAUGUAAGUGCCGUAAUCAUGUUUGGAUCCAUAGCGUGCAGAGCUCUCUCAGUCUCUGGACUUUAUGUUUUAAGUUUCUGACAACUGUUUUAAGUUGCUGUAUGUGCUGAAUCUUGUUUACAAUGAAAAAAAAAAUUAAACACUAUGUAUUAAAUACA